GCUUUCCAACUUUUCAUAUUUCAUUUUCUUUCUGUCUUUUUCCUUUUUUUCAGCUCACUCUGUGUUUAUGGCUCUACUUCUUGCAAGGAUUGCAAGUGCAAUAGCUCUGCUUCUGUGUUUUAUAUGUGAUGUAGGCUCACAAAAUAUCAUACUUGAUCAAGAUCAAAACCCUGUCACUAAUUCCUACUCUAUUAAUCAAGGAUAUCCACUUUCUCUACUUUGCACAAAUAUAAAUGGAGACACUGUUACAUGGAACUUUCUGAACAAUGAAGUUCAAAGUUUAGCUACGCUAAUAGCUUCAAGUUUUAUACCAUUAAAUGAUGGAAUGAGGAGCCUUAUUGAACAAAUAGAUGCUUUUAGAAGCCUCUAUCGUGUGGACAUGGGAUCAAUAUCUGCUUUGACCAGCUAUACUAAUAAUGAAAAUGAAAAUGAAACCAUAUUACCUAAUUCGGACAUUGCUGGUCCUUACUCAUGUGUCUCUGACAGCAUUAAUGGCAGUAUGACAAAUGUGAUUAUUAAUGUCAGAAAUCCUAGUGGAUCCUUUUCUCAGUUCUUCAUCAGAUCCACUAGUAACCUUUUUAAUGUUAGUAAUGUCAACAAUCAAGAAUAUCAACUGGCAGUCCUUGAAGCAAAUAUAUUCACUAGAGCUGUCAUCAAUGGCUUAAAUGUAUCAGCAGAUCCAAUAAGAAACAUAUCCUGUUACUUUGUUCCACUUACUGCAUCUGAAGCUAGUGAUGAAAAACUGCAUCGUUUUGAGUGUAACCUAAAAGAGUAUCCAUCAAGUGAUUCCUUCAGAGAGUCAGUUGCACCAGCUAUUACUAGCUUAUUAUCUGAGCUGGGAUUUCAAGACACUCAGACAUCAGAUAGUGGAUUCUGUGAUCACAAUCAGACAACAUCAUCCUUUGGUAAUCAUAUAUGGUCUGAAUCAGUUGGUGGUAGUACGUCUGUACAGCCUUGUAAUGGCAGCAAUGAUACCAGGGCUGUCAUUAGAAUGUGUCAGACCAAUGGAGAUGGCUGGAGAGAUCCUGAUUAUAGUCAAUGUGCUGAAGGAGGAAUUGGUGUGACUGGAACUCUAGUCAUUGUUGUUCCUGAUAGUGGAGCUAUUGAGAAUUCUGCUUAUACUAUAAAUGAAGGGUAUCGGUUUGCUUUGCUUUGUGCGACAUCAAACAGUAGAGAGGAACCAGUUUGGAUUGGUCCUAAUGGCAAUCAAAUUCCAGAUGUAGCAGUCUUUGCAAACUCAAGCUUCAUAAUCAUCAAUGGGAGGAGAGAACUCAAUCAAGGAGUUUCUGUGCUUGAUUUUAUGCGAUUGUUUUCCUUCAGGACCUCUGAGGAGAAUUCUCAAGGAGUUUUUUUAACAAGUUAUUUUAAUGGACUGUCUAGUGACAGUGACUUCUUACUCCCUGAUUCAAACAUUGGCGGUACUUACAUGUGCAUGUCUGGGAAUCAGUCUCAAUCUGUAUCUGUCAGUCUUAGAAGACCCACUGGAAUGUUUUCUCGAUUUUUUUUCAGGUUCACUGGUAGCAUUUCCUCUACAAUUAAUGUUAAUGACAGAGACUAUCAAUUGGCAUUUAUUGAGGCAAAUCUGCUUCCAGUAGUUGUUGAUGGACUAAAUUUUUCAACAGAUCCAAUUAGAACAAUAGCCUGUCAGUUUGUUCCUCUUUCUCAGUUUAGUAGUAAUGGUCAAGACCGCUUUGAGUGUGAUGUAAGAGAGUAUCCACCAAACAGCUCAUUUGUGGGGGAUGUUGGAAACAGACUAUCUAGUGUCAUCUCUAACACAAUUUUUCAUGACAUACAACUAUCAAACACUGGAUUUUGUAAUUUUGAAGAAACUUCGACAUUUCCAUAUGGCUUUUUUACUUGGCCUGAGACUGUUGUUGGUAGUGUUGCUAGAUUGCAAUGCUCUGAAACUACAUUUGCUACUCGAGCAUGUAACAAUGGAGCUACUUGGGGUGAUCCUGAUUUUAGUCAAUGCAACAGUGGGGGAGGUUCAAGAGGAUCAUUUUCAAUUUUUGACCUAAACAGAGUAUCUGUCAGAGAAUCUUAUACAAUAAAUCAGGGAUAUAUCUUUGGAUUGAGAUGUGGAAUAUUUGGGGGUUCAGUCCCAAAAGUGGAUACAUUUAAAUGGUUUGAUUCAAAUGGAAAUGAAGUUCAAAAUUUAACCAAGUUCAUUGACUCAAGUUUCAGAUCAACAAAUGAGGGAACAAGACUCCUUAAUCAAGGACUCUCCAUUGCUGAUUUCAAAGGACUCUAUUCACAUCGAUUUAUUAAUGACUUUGAAUUUUUUGAUGUAGCAUAUUUAGUAAGUUAUGUGGAUUUUGACCGAGAGGGUGAAUUGAUACUACCUGGUACAAGUAUCUCUGGAACAUACACAUGCAGAUCUUCAUCUGGGAAUUAUUCUCAAACAAUUUCAGUCAAUACUAGAAAUCCCAGUGGCUCAUUUUCUCAAUUCUUCUUCAGGUUCACUGCAUUAUUUACUAAUAUAAGUGUCACAGAUGUUGAGGAUAAAGACUAUGAACUAGCAGUCAUUGAAGCAAAUAUAUUUUUUGAAGCUGUUGUUAGAGGUUUCAACUCAACAAUAGAUCCAAUCAGAACAAUGUCCUGUCACUUUGUUCCACUUAGAAUGGAGGAGAAUGGCACUGGUGAUCGUGUGGAGUGUGAUGUGAGGGAGUAUCCACCAAACAGUUCAUUUGUGGAAAUUGUUUGGCAAAAUAUAAGUACCUUUAUAUCAGAUCGUACUGAGAAUAAUGAAAUACACUCUAUUGUAAUGUCAGUCACUGGGUUUUGUAAUCAAAGUCAAACUGAGUCACUAGAAUUUGGUGCUCAUACAUGGCCAGAGUCAGUUGGUACUACUAUACUUACAAUGCCUUGUGGUAACUAUCCACUGAUGAAUGUCACUCGAAUGUGUCAGACUAAUGGAGUUGGCUGGGGAAAUCCUGAUUAUAGUCAAUGUGAAACUCGUACUUGUGAAAAUGAAACUAUUGUAACAAAUCGUGGUACAUUUCAAUGGCCAGUAACACCUGUUGGAUCAUUAGCUGACCUUCCUUGUCCUCAUGGUCCUAUUGGAGCUAGAGCUAUUAGACAGUGUAGAAGGAAUGGUGUAUGGGACACUCAUGAUAUAUCAAACUGUGCUGAUCCUAGGAUUACUGCUGAAUUUACCAACAUAGCUGAUUUCUUAUUUGCUUUCUUCAAUGCUUUCCAAGGAUUCUUUAUAUUCAUAUUCUUUGUUGUGCUGAGCAGUGAUGCAAGAGCAGCAUGGAAAUCCCUAUUGUGUCCAUGCUUCAAAAAAGAUCAACAGGAAACAUCUAAAUACAAUCUAUCCUCCAGCAAGAAAGCUAAAGCAUCAGGGACACUCUCAUCAAGUUCUUACGGCAUGAAAUCAAAUACUUUGAAUACAGAGUCUGUUAUGAAUAAGUUGGCUGAAGAUAACAAUUAUGCUACUCUUCCUUCUCUGCUUGAAGAGAAUGAGGAGGAGUUGUCUCAGGAUUUGGAUCUGAUUGCACUCAAAGGAGCUCGUGUGACACGUCACUCAACUCGUAAGCGCACUCGCCAUGUGGAGAAAGUUGAAUUGGAUUUCUUUGAUGAUGAUGAUGAUAAUGAUGAUGAUGAGAAACAAUUCUAA